UUCAUUUACGCAGUGUUUUGUGCAUCCACUGCUUUCUCAUCUACUUAUCACAUGAUCGAAAUUUACCGAACGGAUAGCUGCGUGAAUAACUGCACGGAUCGUACUUUCCAAUAAAAAUUGAACCGAUUGUUUGAAUGAUAAUAUUGCAAGCAGAGCAUCCAAAGCAGGACUUCCGAGAUAGCUGCACAGAUGAAAUACAUCCCUGCGUAAAUGAAUGAUAUCUGCGGUAGUGACUGCACAAAAGCACUCAAAGAUUCAUUCACCGUUUUAUCCCUACUACUCAUUUUUCACCAAUCAACCAAUCUGUGUUAAAGCGCUGCAUGAUCCAGGCUAAAUCAUAUGAAGCUACUCAAAUCAAAUAUCACUUCAUAUUCAACUCUCGAAUUCGUGUCAAUCGGAUUGUUUAUUAAAUGGCGUCACUGUUUGACGGCUGAUCGAAGAAGCUUAUCGGGAAAAACGACGAGUGGCAUUAUCGGGCGAUUAUUAUCGAGCAGAGCAUAUGAGAUUGUACGAAAAUGACACAAUCCUCGCAAAUAAUAGAGGAACUUGAUGAUUGUUUCGUGAAAACUGCAGGGAAUAUUGUAAAAUAUUAUGCUGAUGAGGAAGAGAGACAGAGGGUUCUAGAGAAGUUGAGAGAUUUGUUAAAGGAGAAUUGUAUGGAAUCUGCAAGAAUAAAAGCUGCCAAUAAGAUCAGAAAGGAUCUGGAAAAUCUGUCCGCAUUCGAACCGGAAAGGAAAGUGGAGGAUGUCACAAAAGAAUAUAGAACAGCUAUAUCCGAAAUUCAAGUUAAUUCAUUGGAGGAUAAUAGAUUGUUGACAUAUGAUCGUCAGAUCCAAGGUUUGCUUGAAGCUAAUGAAGCUGUAUCGGGCAAUGGACCAGACGAUACAGAUGCAGAUUUGCAGCUGAUGUACAGCCAAAUAAAUGUGAUUGAUCCAAUUUCUAAGACAAGAAUGACCGAUCCUGUGAGAAAUGCAGUUUGUGGUCACGUAUACGAUAAGGAAAGUCUUGUUGCAAUGCUACGGAAGAAUAAAAAUACUAGAUGUCCCGUGGUGGGUUGCACCAGUAUGGAUUACAUUGAUUUAAAUCAGUGUCGUCCUGACGUUGUGACGAAAAUGUAUCUGGAAAAAAAUCCUGCUUAGAUUUGGGAAAAAUGAAUUUAAAAAUUGAUAGAUCUUAGAUAGAUAUGUGUGUUGAAUGUAUAUAUCGCGUACGUAUACACCUAUAGUCUGUACUGAAUAAAACAAUGUUAUAUUUU